CUGACAAGUUUCGAGAUCCGCAAACCUCUCGCAAUUCUCCACUUCCAGGGCCCCAACGAGAGCGCCGGCCGAGCAACAAAAUGCUGGACGCAUUCGAGAUCAUCAGCACGUCCGGGGUGGUCCUGUGGUCCAGGAGCUAUGCUGCCGUCAGUCCGUCGGUGGUCAACAGCUUCAUCUCGGAUGUCUUCAUCGAGGAGAAGAGCGCCGUGGCCGGCGCAAAGGAUGGCGCAUCUGCUGCCGCCAACCCGCCCUAUCGGCAUGACCAGCACAGCUUACGGUGGACGUUUGUGAAGGAGCUGGGCCUAAUCUUUGUCGCAGUCUACCGCUCGCUCCUGCAUCUCCCCUGGAUCGAUAAGCUCGUCGACAACAUCAAAGCUAUCUUCGUGAGCCUGUACGGUGACCAGCUCAGGAAGCCAAACACCACGAUUGUCGAGUGCGCCAAGUUCGACGAGUACUUUGACCAGCAGCUCCAGGAACUCGAACAAGGCGGCGCCAAGUCGGAUGUGCGCGCAUUCAAGGACGAGGCCAUAUCUGGCAAUCUUGGAGAGGAACCUCCUUUGCCGCCUAUGCUCGCGCAGGGUCAGAAGCCUCAGGGCAAGACCUCGGCGGAUUCCAGCCCCGCGGCGACGCCCACCGUUUCUCGCCCUUCUACGCCAAGCGCAAGCCACUUGCUGGUUGCUAAGCCCGGGCCGGGCGCGAAAAUGUCGAGGCGAGCGAGGAAAAUGCAGAACAACGCCUCAGCUCCGGUCUCCUCGGGUGACGAGGGCCCGGGCCGGAAGUCGAAGCCGGCGAAGCCAGCUAAGCGCGGGCGGAAAUGGGAUGCUGAUGGGCUUGCGGACGAGGGCGAGGAUGUGCAGCUCGACUACUCUGCCCCGGCUGUGACGAGCGACAGCGAGGCCGAGGCCGGUGCGCGGCCUGGCGCCGUCGAGGAGGUCGACUCUUCAACCUGGGGUUCGCGGACGAAGGGGAAGUUCGUGCUGAAGGACCUGGGGGAUGAGGUCCACUCCAUCCUGGCGGACGCCGACGCCAAGAAGAACGCUGCAGCAAAAACAGAGCCGUCAUCGGGUGGGCUUGUGGGAUCGAGUUUGAGCGCCAUUGGCGGGCUGUUCAGGAACGUGGUUGGCGGCAAGGUUCUGACCAAGCAGGAUCUGGAGAAAGCCAUGAAAGGCAUGGAGGAGCAUCUGCUCAAGAAGAACGUUGCGCGUGAGGCUGCGGUCCGGCUAUGCGAGGGCGUCGAGAAGGAGCUCAUCGGGGUGAAGACGGGAAGCUUCGAGAGUGGGUCCACCUCUCUUUCAACCCCCUGAGGACGUCUUCCGCUCACAUCACGCGCAGGCAUUAACUCGAGGAUACAAAAGGCCAUGGAGGCUUCCCUCACCAAAAUGCUCA